UUAGCUCCUAUGCUAACACUAACUCAACAGUAACAGCGAAAUCUGAUUUUAACUAGAAACAGUGAUUUAAUUCUUUCUGCCAAAAUGUAAAAAGAGAAAAUAGGAAACUGUUGGUCAAGGUAGCACACGAUUUAAAAUGUGCAGUCAGUUUCGUUAACGUUGUGAAAAAAACACUCAUUUUCAGCCAGAGCUGGAGGAUGGACAUGUCCAGGAGGCUGCUGGUGUGGCAGCAGCUGGCUGAGACUUGUGGUCUGAGUACAGUCCAGCAGGGUGUGGAGCAGGUGUGGAGGCUGCUGCUGCUCUGCCUCCUCUGCAGACUGUGUUUCAGACUGGGUACUACGUCGACCCUAAAACACGUGUUGUCAGUGUUGACAGGGAUGUACGGUCUCUUCCUAUUCUUUGAGCUGCAGAUGCUGUGGGUGCUGAUGCUAAGUGCGUUCUGUUACCUUGUGCUUGUACUCACCCGGUCCUCCUCCACCAGAGGGGUCUUCCUGUCACUCGUCAUCCUCAUUUACCUCCUUUUUGGAGAGUUGCAUUUGAUCGAUGCAGUAACCUGGCAUAAAAUAAGAGGUUCUCAGAUGGUGGUUGCCAUGAAGGCCAUCUCUUUGGCCUUUGACCUGGACAGAGGAGCAUUGAACAGCCUCCCCUCACCAGCUGAGGUCCUGGGUUAUCUUCUCUUUGUGGGAACAGUUGUAUUCGGUCCCUGGAUCAGUUUCUCCAGUUAUAAGAAUGCUGUUGAAGGCAAAAAACUCAGCUGGACAUGGCUGCAGAGUUCCUCCCUCUGCCUGCUGAAGAGUCAGAUCUGUUUACUGGUCUCCACCUGCAUUGCUCCAUACCUGUUUCCUUUGUUCAUCCCCUUCCAUGGAAACACAGUCACAGAGAAGUGGCUGGAUGCCUAUCAGAACGCAGUGUCCUUCCACUUCAGUAAUUACUUUGUGGGUCACCUCAGUGAAGGUACCACCAUGCUGGCAGGAGCAGGCUUCACGGAAGAGAAGGACAACAUCAGAUGGGACAUGAGUGUGGUGAAAUCUCUGAGUGUGGAAAUGCCUCGGUCCAUGGUGCUGGUGGUGACGUCCUGGAACAUCCCCAUGUCCCGAUGGUUGAAAACCUAUGUCUUUAAAAAUGCCAUGAAGAUGGGGACGUUUGCAGCCAUCCUGGUGACCUACACAGCCAGCGCCUUACUGCAUGGUCUGAGUUUUCACCUGGGAGCUGUUCUGCUGUCUCUUGGAUUCAUCACAUAUGUUGAACAUGUUCUAAGGAAGAGGCUGGCAUCCAUCUUCAGUGCCUGCGUCCUUUCAAGGCCUUGUAGCUCCGGCUGCAGCCACCAACAUAAGAAGGAAUAUUGGGUGGUGUUGUUGAACCUUCUCUUCAGCUUCCUGGCCAUCUUCCACCUCACCUACCUGGGCUCUAUGUUCGACCCUGGAGUUGAUGAAUAUGAAGUUGAAGAGGGUUAUGCAGCCAUCCACACCAUACAGAGAUGGUCAGAGUUGAACUGGGCGAGCCACUGGGUGGUGUUUGCCAGCUGGGUCUUCUAUCGUUUAAUUCAGUGACGACAUCGGGCUUGUAGUUUGGACAUUAUUAAGUUGGACGAUCGACUGUUGAGCCCCACAGUCAGGUGGUCUGAAAAUUUCAAGAGGACUGUGAACUUGUAUUUUUUCUGACCUGUAUCUCCUACCUUCAUGUAUCUGUGAGUCUUCUUCAAGGGUCAGGAGGUGAACCAUAGUAAAGAUCAAACACAUGAGAAUAGAUCAAGUGAGUCAGUACUUCAACCUGUGAACAGGUGCAGUGGUACAGUUAUAAUAGAGGUAUAAUAUGUUCAAAGUGUUUUUUAUUUAUGUUAUUUGUUGCAAUAUUUUUUAAACAAAAUCUUAUUUGUACUAAUGUUUAUUUUCUAUAAAAUGUGUGUCAAAAAUAAAAAUAAUGUCUGACGUGAGUCUUUGCUAAAGAAGCAAAA